AUGGGUGAGGAUUCUAUGGAGGUUCUGAUGAAUGAUAAUUCCGCGAAGGCUACAAUGGUUGAGGAUUCUGCGGAGGUUCUGAUGAAUGAUAAUUCCUCGAAGGCUGUAAUAGUUACUGAUUCUGCGGAGCCAGACAUUUGCCAGGAUAAACAUGUUUUGUCUUUGUUUGACACUUUCAAAAUUGUAUCAUCCGAAACUCACCUGAGAAUAAACGACAUAAAUAAUAACCCUGUGGAAGAAGACACAACUUAUAAAGUUCAACAAACGCAGACUGAGGAAGAAUUGCCAAAUGUGCCAAGCUACACCCGAGGCAUUCCGGAUGAGCAACGUCUCAUGCUCUACCUCUUCAAUGGAUAUGAACGUACUGUCCGGCCUGUGCGUAACGCCAGUACACCUGUAGUGAUCAGGAUGGGACUAACUCUGACACAAAUAUUUGAUAUGGAUGAAAAGAACCAAGUUUUGGUGACCAAUGUAUGGCUGGAUCAGGAAUGGGAAGACGAAUUUCUAAUAUGGAAUCCAAAAGAAUUUGCAAAUAUAUCUACGAUAAGAAUCCCCUGCAACAAGCUUUGGUUACCCGAUAUAGUCCUCUAUAACAACGCGGCAGAAUACACAGACGGUUUAAUGCCAGCAAAUGCUAUGGUCCGUCACGAUGGCAAUGUCUUUUGGCCAAUACCAACAAAACUCCAAAGUUCGUGUAAAGUUGAUGUCACGUACUUCCCAUUUGACAUGCAAACAUGUAGAAUGAAAUUUGGAUCAUGGACAUAUGAUGGCUUUCAGGUGGAUAUCACAAACCGAACAGAAGAAGUAGAUCUAAGCAAUUAUGUGAACAACGGCGAGUGGGAGUUAAUGAGCAUCAAGCCUGUCAGAAACGUUGUUACGUAUGCGUGCUGUGACGAACCCUUUCCUGACGUCACGUUUACUAUACAUAUCCGUAGACGUACACUUUACUACAUGUACAACGUUAUAUUCCCGUGCAUCAUGAUGUCAGCAUUGACGUUACUUGUAUUCUGUUUACCACCAGACUCUGGAGAAAAGAUUGCGUUAGGAAUUACCGUUCUUCUGGCCUUUUCCGUGUUUAUGCUCGCCGUUGCGGAAAACUUACCCGAAACAUCAGAGUUUGUCCCCCUAAUAAGUAUAUAUCUAACCAUUGUAAUGGCGUUGACAUCAAUGUCGGUGAUGAUGACGGUGCUUGUCUUGAAUCUACACCAUCGAGGGCCAAACAAACACACGGUGCCACACUGGCUCAAAGUUAUCUUACUGCAUAAACUCUCACCAUAUCUAUGCCUACAAGAGGAAAAUAAUGAUAUAGUGCGAUUUAUUGAUACUGAAGAAAAAUUCAUAAAGAAUAUGUCCUUAAAAAUCACUCUGGAUAAUAUUCAACAAGCUCUUCAGAAUGAAAUUCAAAUUGAAAACUCACAGCAGGCUCAAAACAACAUCAAUAUCCGCCAUCAGCCAGUGCAACCUGACCCACAAACAACCAAUUCGCCGAUCCUUGAACAUCCGGCGUUUCAGUCCGCAAACCACGUAUAUAACCGCACAUUAAAUGCUCCUGCUGAACAGCCUCCACGGCAACAAUGUUAUCAUAGUUAUGAUACACAAACAAAUGAAUACAAAAUCCACACCAGUAACAAAACUGUGCAGAUAACACAAGACUCCGCACGUGACCAAACAAAACAGCAAACACCGUCGCAUAGUCAGAGUGAAAAUAACCGACGAAAUAAGCGCCGAGCGAAUUCAAAUUUAGGCAAAACAAAUGAGGAAAUAUUAAACUCCCUAAAAAGAAUUCUCGAAAAACAUGAGAAGGAGGAUAGGGACUAUGAAAUUAUUCAAGAGUGGCGACGCGUUGCGCAAUGUGUUGACAGAAUUCUGUUUUUCAUUUUUCUGAUAGCAACUGUGUCGUCGACAUUAGGGAUAUUGGUUAUAGCUCCUGCAACUCAGUAGAUUGAUAUCUUUGUGGAUAAAUCAGCGAUUGUGCCAUAGAGAGCUGAAAGAACAAAGUAAUUGAAAACUAGAGAUUAAGUCACGCAGUGUGUCAUAUAGAGCUAAAAUAGCUAAAUAAAUUGAAAACUACGGGGGAAAGCCAAUGAUUUGAUAUAUACAGCUCAAAAAGUAAAGUAUAUUCGUAACUGUGUGGGUAAGUAAGGGAAUGAGACAAAAACAGAACGAGUAAUGUAGUGAAUUGACUAUACUGGUAGGCCAUUAAUUGUGCCAUAUAACAGCAUCACAGCCGUGGGGUUUAACCGACGACUACAAAGUUAGACAUGCGCCUUCAAAAUUUCCAUAAA